AUGUUUGGAUUAUCUAACAACAAGCACACUGCACUAGCACGCGGAGAGACAGAGCAGCUCGCGCCUAACCAAAGACGGUUUCCUUCCUCGGUAAGCUGGCCGAGCUAUCGAUCGGAUCAGGGGGAACCGCCCCGCCGAGCUCCAGAUGACGGCGCCGCUCGGCGUGAGGCUCCUCGUCGGCGCCGACGCGCCGACGCCCCUCCAGGAUUCGGCCGAGGACGCCGCGGCCUUCCUCGCCCUGCCGGUCAGCCUGCUCGGGAAGGAGUGCCUGAUGGACAGCGCCGGCAACCUCUACGCCAGGGUCGAGGCCCUGCCCCGCGCGGGCGCGGGCGCGGCCGAGGACGCCCUCCUCCGCGCGCCGGCGGGGGCGGUCGUCGUCGGCUCCGCCAAGCGCCUGCUCGCCCUCGCCGGCGCAAUGAGAGUGGCGGAGCGGCUGGCCGGCGGGAGGACGGCCCCCGCGGACCGCGCCGAGCCGAGCACCGCAGCCGACAUGGACAUCGACUCCGGCGGCGACGCCGUCUCCUCGAGCCAUUCGGGCAGGGAUCCGGGCGCCAAAAGGAGGCGCGGCGGCGGCGGCGACGACGCGCACGGCGUGCUCCAGAGGCCGGCGAAGCGCCGGAUCCUCGCGUGGAGGGUGCGCCGGUACCGGUCACUUGUGGCCAAGGCCAAGGCGACGGCGAGGAGGGCCAGGAUCCGGGCGGUGAGGAGGAGGGUGCCCGCUUGGAAGUGCGUCCAACGGCAGCUCGCGCGCGCCACCCUUAGCGGCGACGGCCUGCACAGAUGGAGCCCCGGCGGCGCCGGCGGCGAAGGAGGAGGAGCUGCUUAGCAAUUGGAAGAUUCGCUGGUAAUUAAAUCAGCUCAAUCCUCAUGCUAAUUAGGGAAUGGGAUUAGCACCCUAGCAUUUUGUUUUCCUGCUCGAUUAGACAGUGCUCCUUGACCCGAAUGACAGGGGUGCUCAGCUCAAUUAGGUUGGUCUUUUGUGAUGUUAUCCGAUUGCGUGUACAAAUUCCAUCUUUAUUCUCUGAAAAACUUACCAGUGGGGCAUUAAGCAAGAAGUUAGACCAUUUACUACUGACACUCUGAAAGACAGCAGUAUAUAUCACUAGUGUUCUAAGGUUCUGGUGCACUUCAGCUCAAUUAGGUUGGUCUUUUGUGAUCUUAUCCAGAUAAGUGUAGGAAUCACAUCUUUAUGCUCUGAAACACUUAAUAGUGCAGACUUAAGCAAGAAAUAAGACUAUUUACUACUGAGUUACUGACACUCUGAAAGACUGCAGUAUAUAUUAGUGUUCUAAUGUUAUUGUGCACUUCAGCGUUUGUGCUCCAAGUUCAUUUACCAGAUGACAGCAUCAGACUCAGCUGAUUUUGCAUCCUCACUCAUGCCUUCCACUGGGCACUCUUCUGUCUCCAGUCUCCACCGCAUUUCGCUAGGAGCAACUUUCGCUUCUUCAGCAGACAUGCAUCAUGUCUCAGAUUUGUUUGGCUUCUUCAGUUUUCUUUUUCUCUUUUGAUACAGUGGAGGAAACAUCCUUGAUUUCAGCAAGUGAAUUACCAGAAAUUAUGAAGUUGGUCGAAAAAAGUUAAUAAACAAACCAAACAGCGAAUGGCCUCUCUCUGGCCACUGUAGACAAAUUUGGCACUCAGACCAUCUUGUUACAAGUAUCUUUCCACCCUUGUGAGUUCCUGAGCUCUCAAAUAUUCGAAUGCCUUGACUUUUCUGGCUAAAGCAAUAGCCUUGGAGUAUCACCCUAUUUACACAUUUAGAAGAUUGUUGCAGGUAGUCGAUUCUAAUGCAUGAGAUUCUACAAGAUCAA